AUGAGGAGGGAGCUCGCGCGCCUCUGGCACUGGCUUGUCCUCCCCUGUGCCGGGGCUCCUCAAAGGGCCGCGGGGUCCCACACCUCUCCUCUCCUGCCAGGACACCGCUUGCGGUGCUAUGACUGCAGCGGAGGCCCCAGCAACUCCUGCAAGCAGACAGUGACCACCUGCGGCGAGGGUGAGCGCUGCGGCUUCCUGGACCGCAAACCUCAAGCCAGCUCGGAACAAGCCAAGCAACUGUCUGUGACCAUGAGCCAUCACCACCCAGCCUGUGUGACCACCCAUCAUUGCAAUCAAGUGGACAUAGAGUCACUGGGCGAUGUUACUUUCACAACCCACAAAAACUGCUGCGUCGGAGAUCUGUGCAACAGCGCCGUGGCAAGCUCUGUGACCCCUUCCUGCAUCUUGGCAGCAGCAGUUACCGCCCUGGUCUGGCUCUUGCCAGGACUAUAGGGUGGAUAGUGGGAUGGAAGGUAGGGAAGAGACUGAGGUAACAGGG